AUGACCACCGGCUUCCAGACAGGCAUAAAGGCUACCCUUCUUGUUACCAAGAAGAAAGGUAUGUCUGACGAAGACUUUGAACAGCAUUAUACCAAAGUCCAUAUCCCUAUAGCCGCGGAUAUUUUGAACAGACACCGAGUUUUGUAUUACGGAGUCCAAUUUAUUACUGGCGAAAACAAGGAAAACGUCCAAGCACUGUUCGGCGGCGCUGUGGGUAGUAUUGACUGUGAUGCAGUUGUUACUACUAUUUUCCCCGACAUGGAUUCUUUGAAAGCAACUUUUGCGGAUCCUGAGUUUGUAACUAAGCUGCAUCCUGAUGGGAAGAUUUUAACAGAAGAUGAUGGCCGCAUGGUAAUCGGAAAAGAGUUUGUGGGCGUCCGGAAUGAGGCAAAAGCGGUCUAG